GCUCCUUAGCCCAAGCUGGGAACUACAACCGGCGCCGAGGUCGUUGUUCCCCCGCUAAGAUGGCGGCUCCCUUGGUGCUGGGGAUUCUGGUGGCCGUCACGGUCCGGGCCGUGUUGUACCGAUCUAGCCUGGCCGGGUUCAUCUCCGAGCGGGUCGAGGUGGCGUCCCCUUUAAAUGCCUGGAAGCGAGUUGUCGAAGGGCUAGCUUUGCUGGAUUUGGGUGUCUCGCCCUAUUCUGGAGAUGUCUUCCGUGAAACCCCGUUAAUAAUAUACUUGUUUCAUUUCCUGAUUGAAUAUUCUGAGUUGGUGUUCAUGAUAACUGAUGUGCUAACUGCUGUUGCCCUCUACUUGGCCGUCCAGGACUUCAACAAAGUUGUGUUUAAAAAGCAAAAACUCCUAAUGGAACUGGAUCAGUAUGCAUCAGAUGUGGCCGAACUCAUCCGGACCCCGAUGGAAAUGCACUACAUCCCCCUCAAAGUAGCACUGUUUUAUCUCCUAAAUCCAUACACAGUGAUGUCUUGUGUUGCAAAGUCCACCUGUGCCAUCAACAAUACUGUCAUUGCAUUCUUCAUUUUGACUACAAUAAAAGGUAGUACCCUCCUCAGUGCUAUAUUCCUGGCCUUAGCGACAUACCAGUCACUGUAUCCUCUCACCUUGUUUGCACCAGCAUUGCUGUAUCUUCUACAGCGUCAGUUCAUACCAGUGAAACUGAAAAGCAAAGGCUUCUGGUUGUACACCACGCAAUAUGCAGCACUGUAUCUCUGUAGCUUGGUGGUAAUUGUCUGCCUCUCAUUCUUCCUCCUCAACUCCUGGGACUUUAUCCCAUCUGUGUAUGGUUUCAUCCUUUCCGUUCCAGAUCUGACUCCCAACAUUGGCCUCUUCUGGUACUUCUUUGCUGAGAUGUUUGAACACUUCAGUCUGUUCUUCGUGUGUGUAUUUCAGAUCAAUGUCUUCUUCUACACCAUUCCCUUAGCAGUAAAGCUAAAGGAGCACCCCAUCUUCUUCUUGUUCGUUCAGCUUGCCAUCAUUUCUAUCUUCAAGUCCUACCCAACUGUGGGAGACGUAGCGCUGUACAUGGCCUUCCUUCCACUCUGGAGCCACCUUUACAGAUUCCUUCGGAACAUCUUUAUCCUCUCCUGUGUGCUCAUUGUCUGUUCCCUGCUGUUCCCAGUGCUCUGGCAUCUCUGGAUUUACGCAGGAAGCGCCAAUUCCAAUUUUUAUUAUGCCAUCACUUUGACGUUCAAUGUAGGGCAGAUCCUGCUCAUCUCUGAUUAUUUCUACGCCUUCCUCCGGCGAGAGUACUACCUCACUCACGGACUCUACUUGACAAGGAAAGACGGGACGGAGGCCAUGCUGGUUCUGAAAUAAUCACCCUGCCCUGCAUGACUUGGGGAAUGGACUUCUAUCUGAAACACGCAAAGCUUGGGGUGGGUGGGGAGGGUUCCCUGACAGUGGUCUGACUGGUGGGAAGUUACCUAGUGCGGUGGAAGAAAGGGCUGAGGUUUGGAUGGGAGUACCCUCAUUGGCAGUGACGUUGAGGUCAAAGCCAAGAUCAUAAGAACUGGCCAAAAACUGCUGCUGUUAGGGCCACGUGGCCUCUGUCGAAGCACCUCCCUUCUUCCUUCAGCUGUGCUUUCUGCUAUGACACCAACCAUCAGUUUCGGGCAGUCCAGCAGGGAUCGGAGCAGGUAGCUGGGCUGACAUCAGGGCUGCAUCUCAGGCCUAGAGAGUUAAGGCCAUAAACCCUUUAAUUUAUUAUCACCACUUGUGGGGAAAACCACUGGAGAUGUGUGUUUCUCUUUCUGGAACUGACUGCCACUGGAAAUCGCUUUGUAGACUGCUUUGGUUCCUCCUCCUUCAUUGCUUUCCUCAGCGAUGCUCCUGCUUGGCAUGCAGCGAGCUCUAGGGACUUAGCUGUGACUGACUCAGACACUUGUUCCUUCAUUCUGUCGUUGCGUCUGGAAAUCAGAGAGUUUCUUGCACAGUGGACAGCUCCUGCAAUGAAUAGAUGAUCCAUUGGCUUUCCAUAGCAAAGGGAAAGCGAUAGCAUGAACCAUCUGGGAGGGAUGUACAGGAAAGUCACCAAACUGAAAUACAAACCGCCAGGAAGAGUAGGAAGGGAAGUGAGUGCAUGGAGAGGGAGGGUUGGGGAUAGUCUGGGGGUUUCCCUUUAAGGGAAAAAAGAGACUAUCCCUUUGGAAGCUAGUCAGCAGCAUUGUGAGGUUUCAGGGGAAAGGACAAAAUAAUAGAAAUAACAUAGCAUCACUUAUUGAAUCCAUGCGGAGCGUGGCUGCAUGUGGAAUACAGAGUGUCAGCCCAGUGCUUCAGUUUCCUAGGAAGGUCCCUCCCAUUCAGCCUACCCCCUCUUAUUAUUUGGGGCUUGUGUUUAGAUCCUGGAGCUGUGGGAUUUUGGGAGACAGGCCAGGAGGGAGAAUUCCUCUAUCUAGAAAUACAAAUCCAAACUGGAAGGAGCCUUUUAGUACUUUGGGGUGCCUGGGCUCCAAAUGGGCUGCAGCCACUUAGCAAGAAGAGACAUUUACCCAAAGUGUUAUUCCCUUGCACCUAGAGCAGCAUUACAAUGGGGCUACGCUCAGAAAAGUGACUAUGCAAAAAUGGCAUCUUACUCCCCAGCUCUGGUCCCUGUGUGCCAGAGCCACACGCUUUAGGGACCAAGAUAAGUUUUGCUACUGCUAUUAACUCUUCAGAUCUGACACAGCUCCAAGAAACCAAGCAGGAUCCUAGCCAGGGUCCUUGGCACUGAUGCUGGCAACACAAACCAGAGAGAACCCAGCUCAACUCUCAGAUCCCAAGGGGGUGUGAAGGGCUGCUAAUUCGAAACCCCCUUUCAUCGUUUUACUUUUAAACCGAGCAUGUUCAGCAGAGAAUGAUUGAGAGACAGUCAUACCGUCCUUCCCCCGGCCACUUUUACAGAGUCACUCCGCUGGACGUGGUGCCCUUUCUCCUACAUUUUCUGUCUGGUUGAGCAGUUGUUCAAAUCUCUUUUUGUAAAAAAACGAUAAACUCUUGCCUUAUUGCACUACUGUUGGCGCUUGGGCGGGUGGGUUUGGGCUGAGUCCAACCUGCUGCACACAACACCCAGCCGCUCCCGCGCGGGAAUCCCCUGGAAGAGAGGUUCCUGAUCCUGGCUGCAGAAGGGCACUCGGAACCAGCUCUCCACUCGGCGGUCAGGUGUUUGGGGCACAUCACAAAGUGAAUAAUAAAUCGUGCAAGUUUUAAAUGCUUUCCGAGUGCUCUGUGCAGCAGUGAUGCUGGGGGGCAGAGGGGCUCCUUACCCUCUGUCCCAGCCCAUUGUUUUGGGCUUGUGCUUGGAGGAAAACUCCAGGGUCAUUUCCUGUUUAAAUAAAUCCAGGUUUCUUCUUGUU